AUGCGGGGGCUGGUGGCGCUGCUGGCGGCGCUGAGCUGCGCGGCCCCGGCGGGGCGGGCGGCGGCUCCCGGGGGUGCCCUCAGCUCCAACGCCAUCAAGGGACCCCCCCCGGGCGGGGCGGCCGAGGCCAGCGCCGCCCCCGCACCCCAUUUCGACGGCAGCAAUAAGGCCCCGCCGGCCGCCACCCGACAGCCUUUCCCGUGCGCCGAGGACGAGGACUGCGGCCCCGAGGAGUUCUGCGGGGGGGCGGCCCGCGGCGGGGGGGCCCCGCUGUGCCUCGGCUGCCGGCGGCGCCGCAAGCGCUGCCUGCGCGAUGCCAUGUGCUGCCCCGGCAUGGUCUGCAGCAACGGUCUCUGCACUCCCCUGGAGCCGCCCCACGGAGCGGCCGAGCUGGACGAGACGGGCACGGAGGCGCUGUCCCGACGGACGCCCGCUCCCGCCUGGCUCCCCACUGCUAAAGGCGAGGAGGGCGACUUCUGCCUGCGCUCGUCGGACUGCGCGGCCGGGCUGUGCUGCGCCCGCCACUUCUGGUCCAAGAUCUGCAAGCCGGUGCUGCGGGAGGGCCAGGUGUGUACCCGGCACCGGCGGAAAGGCUCGCACGGCCUGGAGAUCUUCCAGCGCUGCCAGUGCGCCGAGGGGCUGGCGUGUCGCCUGCAGCGGGAGCACGGCCCCGCCGACGCGUCCCGCCUGCACACGUGCCAGCGGCACUGAGCGACGCGCGGACGGACGGACAGACGGACGGACGGACGGGCGGCAGACUCCGGCCCCGCCGGAGCGAAGGUUGUUUCUCAAGGGAACUUCUCCUAAGCGACUUCUUCUUGCAGUACGUUACUGUGUUGUGAAUACUCGAGCUGGCACUUAGCUGUACAUAACGCCGGGACUUUGAACGACUGACUUUUAAUGGCUUCUGAUGGGUUAUUUCGUGUUUCCCGGGGCUCUCCAAGCCGUGACUGUGACUUUGUACACACUGGGUUUUUCGUUCUGGCUCGAAGGGAUGCCACCGGCUGCGUGCGAGCGAAUAAACUCCUUAAAUUCACCCCGCGCUGCCCGGGGGAGGAGAGACGGGGGCGGGGGGUCCAUCCCCAGCAUCCCAUGGGAAUGGGAUGGGUCGGCACUGCUCAUCCAGCUGCUUUUCAGGAAUUCCGCGGUCGCCACUGAUGCCCUCUGGCCGCCAAACUGAGGAGAGGGAUCGCGGUUGGGGCUCUGGGAAGGGCAGCUUGCAGCAGAAUCCCUCUCCCUGGUUUUGGGAGGGAGGAGGGAGUGAGGGAUCACCGGAGGGGCUGUGCUGGACCAGCCACGGGCGCUGCCGGUCUCGACCGCUCACAUGCAGAAUAAAGAUUUAUUUUUCCCUUCA